AUGCGUUCGUCUUUGCUGAGAUGGUCAUUACUCUCGCUUUUCUCUCUUUCCACUUUUGCCACUCCCUCUGAUCCAGCUUUCUCGACGAAGCGUCUCGUGAAAAGAGCCAACGCCGACGACACGACGACCGCGGCGCCGACAAUUUUCAAUGGCAUUGAAGUGCCAGUCAUCACGGAGCUAACACCUGACAAUUUCGAGGAAACCAUCAAAGAUGGUCACUGGUUCAUCAAGCAGUACUCCCCAGUUUGCCCUCACUGUAAGGCCGUCGCUCCCACGUGGCAGACUUUGUACGAGUAUUACUAUACCUCGGAUCCGUUGUCCUCAGCCUCCACUCAGUCGUCCAGCACCCAAUCUCUAAACUCGUUUGAGAGCUUCUACAACUUCCACUUUGCAUCCAUGAACUGUCUAGCCUACGGCGAUUUGUGCAAGAGACUAAAUGUCGCCUACUUCCCGUCAUUUUCGUACUUCCACAACGGAGAGCAGAUCGAGCAGUAUGAAGGAAAGAAGGACAUGGAAGGCUUCAGCGAAUUCAUCGAAGAGAAAUUAGAAGCUAUACGUCCCGGAUCUCGGCCGGCAAAGGGCGUUGUUCUUCCGAAACCAGGCGCCAAGAGUGUUGAUACUAGGGCCGAACCGGAGACUCCUGCUGCAAAAGACAAAGACCCCGAAGCUGGCACCAAGGCCGGUGAGAAGCACAACGAGCAGGCUGCGCAAUUGGCCACCGAAAAUCCACCAACCGAUCGGGAUUCUACGCCGAAACCGAAGAAGCCCAAGGCAAAGGCCCCCAUCAACCCUCAAGGAAUUUCUGUUCCCCUUACCGCGGAGAGUUUCCAAAAACUUGUUACGGCAUCCGACGAACCAUGGUUUAUCAAAUUCUAUGCGCCCUGGUGCCAUCACUGCCAGGCGCUUGCUCCUAACUGGGCACAGCUUGGGAAGGAAAUGCAGCACGUUCUCAAUAUUGGCGAGGUAAACUGUGAGGUUGAGCGUAGGCUAUGCAAGGAUGCGCGAGUCAACGCUUUCCCCACCAUGUAUUUCUUCCGCGGUACUGAGAAAGUCGAGUACGACGGUCUCCGUGGCCUCGGUGAUCUUGUCAGCUACGCAAAGAAGGCGGUCGAUAUCGGGUCCGGCGUUCAGCAUGUCGAUGCCGAGGCUUUCAAGGCUCUGGAGGAAAAGGAAGAAGUCAUCUUUCUAUACUUUUACGAUGAUGCAACGACGUCGGAAGAUUUCGCCGCCUUGGAACGUCUCACACUUCCGUUGAUCGGCCAUGCCAGACUGGUGAAAACCGACAGCGCUGCCCUAGCGGAAAGGUUCAGAAUCUCAACCUGGCCGCGUCUUCUCGUGUCUCGGAGCGGCCGGGCCAAUUACUAUAACCCCAUUGCCCCGAGAGACAUGAGGGACCUCCGGCAAAUCCUCAAUUGGAUGUACACUGUCUGGCUGCCCAUUGUUCCCGAGCUCACUGCCUCAAAUGCUCGCGAUCUCAUGGACGGCAAGUUCGUGGUACUAGGUAUUUUGAGCCGCAGCCGCGCCAACGAGUUUGUUGAAUCGAAGCGGGAGCUAAAGAACGCCGCCCUUGAGUGGAUGGACAAGCAAGUGCAACUCUUCCAGUUGGAGAGGCAAGAACUGCGAGACUCAAAGCAGUUGCGAAUCGAAGAAGCCGAAGACCGCAAUGACCAGCGUGCGCUGCGUGCAGCGAAGAAUAUGCACGUCUCUAUACGUGAGGACGACAAGAAGCAAGUCAGAUUUGCUUGGGUGGACGGUGACUUUUGGGAACGCUGGCUGAGGACUACUUAUGGGAUCGAUGUUGGUAAUGGAGAGCGUGUCAUUAUCAAUGAUCAGGACAACCGGCGUUAUUGGGACACCUCUUCCAGCGGUGCCUCCAUCAUGGCUUCUCGCACCUCCAUUCUUGAAACCAUUCCUCUUGUUAUCGCCAACCCACCGAAGCUGACCCCGAAGUCUACCAUUGGCACUUUUGAGUCGAUCUUCUUUGUCUCCCACUCGUUUAUCACGGGUCACCCGAUCGUCUUCAUUAUCUUCCUCGUCCUGUCGAUUCUGGGUGCGACAUAUGUUGCCCGAGGGAGAGCUCUCAAACGAGGAGUCCGUGGCGGGAUCCUCGGCAUUGCUGGCAAUGCUCCCGGCUUCCUCCAUCUCGACGGCAAGGAAGGGCUUCUGAACGGAGGCUCAACCGGAAAGGUGGACUAA